AUGAGCUCUAAAACCAUCGACGCAAGAUACUUCGAGCCAAGCGAUGACCAAAUAAGAAAUCUACUGGACCAAAUAAAAGACUGGCAAAUCAAUCAUGGAUUUCUCCUCAAAAUCAUCGAAUCGGAAGAAGAGCACAGCGUACUGUCAUAUCCAGUAGGCGUCAGCGUGUUCCCGACCACAUUUCCCCGAACGCAGUUCAACCAGGCAUUCAACCUCCAAAAAACAUACAACGAACUCUACUGCGCCAUCGCCGAAGAUGAAAACUGGCUGUACAGUGUCACCAAAGACCUGAUUCCCGUUGAGCCCCUUGCGCGCGCACUAUGGGGGAUUUACGAGGAGGCCAAAAAGGCAGGGAUCGUCCAGGACACUACUGCUGGCAUUUUUCGCUCGGAUUAUAUGCUUCACCUCAACGAUCAGAACAGAUCGCAGUCUUCUGAGGCUAUUUUCGAAACUACGCUGAAACAAGUCGAGUUCAAUGCCUUCUCAUGUGCAGGCGGGAGUCAUGCCAAUAGAACGGCUAAUAUGCAUCGGUAUCUGGCUCGCACUGGGGCGUAUGAGCUUGGCCAGGAGAAGUGUGGAAAAGACAAUAUCGAAGUUAAAUCGUUACCUCGAAAUGGGAAUAUUGAAGGUAUUGAGUCUUGUUUAGCUGCAGCUCAUGGUUUUUAUGGUCCCCCGAAAAGUCAAUCGGCGCAGAAAACCGCUGUUUUAUUCAUUGUGCAACCCAACAAUUUUAACAUCGCCGACGAAAGACCAAUAGAGUAUGCCCUAUGGAAUAGGGAUGAGCCAGUUCCUGCGUAUCGUCUCCACUGGGGAGAUAUCCUCCGGGACACUUCUCUCACUGAUUCGCGUCAGUUGCUUUUCCAUCCCCCGUGGAUGUCAUCUAAGCCACCGGUGGAAAUUUCCGUUGUGUAUAUGAGAGCCGGGUACGAGGCGCGUGAGUAUGAUGUUGCAGGCUACCAGGCACGUCUCAGGCUUGAAAUAUCUACUGCUAUCAAAUGUCCCUCUGUUCUCUCGCAUAUAUCUACCUUCAAGAAGGUGCAACAAGCACUCACGCAACCUGGCGCCCUUGAACGUUUCUUGUGUUCUGACAAGGCAGCUGCAGUUAGAACGACAUUUAUUGAUAUCUCCCCUCUAGAUGACACUGCCGCUGGCCUGAAUGCGCGGAAGUUGGCUAACGACCCGAAAGCCUCGACUCGUUUCAUUCUGAAGCCGUCCUUGGAGGGGGGUGGCAAUAAUGUGUAUGGUGAUGAGAUUCCAGGAUUUCUUGCGUGUAUUCCACAAUCUGAAUGGUCUUCAUUCAUUUUGAUGGAACGCAUUAUGCCGCCAUCUCUGCAGAAUGUGCUAGUGGGACCUAAUGGUGUCGACGAAGGGGAAGUGAUUUCAGAACUCGGCAUAUUUGGAGCUUGUCUAUGGAGAAGAAAUUCCGAUUCAAAGAGCCCCUGCGAAGUUCUUGAGAAUUCGAUGGUUGGAUGGUCCUUCAAGACCAAAUAUGCCGACGUUGAUGAAAUGAGUGUUGUCAAGGGAUACGGGUGCUUUGAUACGCCUCGAUUGAUAGAGCAAUGA